AUGGUUUAGAAUGGAAAGUCUUACCCUUUUGAGCAGUGGUUUAGAAUAACAAUUCUGAAAAAAUACCCCUUAAAGUGAGUAUUGGGACGGCCCAAUUGAACAAGUAGCCCUUAACAGAAAGUCAAUGAUUGUAUUUAAAAAUGCUUCAGCUUUCAGUUUCAGAGAAAGAUGAUGAUGAGAAUGUGACAAUAUUUGAAGAAAGGAAGAAGGUUCUUAACGAGAGUCAGAGACUCUUCUCUGUUUACUCCAAACAGGGUACCAAAGGACUCAACCAAGAUGCUGCCUCUAUUCACCAGGGUUAUGGAACGGAAGAUGGAACGUUUUGUGGUGUUUAUGAUGGUCAUGGAGGGAAUGGACACAGAGUGAGCAAAAUAGUAAGCAGUCGUUUAUCUUCCCUCAUUCUGGACCAAAAGAAUGUUCUUGAAAAGAUUGAUGCUAUAAAAAAUGGUUGUCACAACACCACCUCAAAAAACCAUGUUGGCACAAUGAAAGAGAACUCAGAUGCAAACAACUUUCAGAAAUGGAAAGAAGCAAUUGUUAGUGCUUUCAAGGUGAUGGAGAAAGAGUUCAAGCUUCAACAUAAUCUAGAUUGCUCUGGCAGUGGAACCACUGCUGUUGUUAUCAUAAAACAGGGUGAAGGUCUUGUCAUAGCAAAUCUGGGUGAUUCAAGAGCAGUGAUGGGAACAAUGUGUGAAGAAAAACUCGUAGCCACCCAAUUGACCACAGAUUUGAAGCCUGAAUUACCUCGAGAAGCAGAAAGAAUAAGAAGGUGCAAUGGUUGUGUGUGUGCAUCGAAGGAAGAACCAGAAAUCCAGAGAGUGUGGAUGCCUAACAACGAUAACUCCCCUGGCCUAGCCAUGUCUCGAUCUUUUGGAGAUUUCUUGCUCAAGGACUAUGGUGUUAUUGCUAUCCCAGAUAUUUCUUACCACCCUCUAACAUCAAGUGAUCAAUUUAUUGUUCUUGCUAGUGAUGGGGUGUGGGAUGUACUAAGCAACAAUGAGGUUGCAUCAAUUGUGUGGAGUGCAGAGAGUGAAAAGGUUGCAGCAAGAGCAGUAGUGGAAGCAGCCAGUGCUGCAUGGAAAGACAAGUUUCCUUCAUAUAUGGCAGAUGACUGCACUGUGGUUUGUCUCUUCAUGCACCAGAAACCACAACUUCAGUCAUUUCAAAACUAACCUUCGUUAGUUAGUGCUCCUUCACUAAUAUUCUAGUCACCAUUUCCUCAAAUCAUGCUCUGUGAAAAGGCCACAAUGAUGUUCAUUGAAAACUAGAUCUUGUUAGCAGGGAGGAACUUAAUAUUUUUAAAAUUAAAUAAAUGUAAUGCUUUAGAUGCUUUGUUUUAAAAA